UUAAACUUGUUCGUUGGUUGAUAUGCAAUACUCACACAAAAUACCUAAUAUUAACACACAUAUCUACAUCUAUUCUAUCUAUCCCUUUAUAUAUGUAUAGACAUAUAUAUUAAUUAUCUUUCUUUGACGAACUCAUGUGAAGGCCCUUAUUAGCGCUAAUUAAACAAAGAGAGUUUCCGCAUUUUAGCCCCCCCGUGCAUUUGCUUUGUAGUUAGCUACUCUUUCUGCAAAGCGUAGUACUUUACCGAUCACUUUGUGUCGUUUUAUCACUGGAUAUAUAUAUAGAUGACUCCAAUUUACUUGAAGACGUUGUCCAAUGAUCAAUAUAUAGAACACCAAUUCCUUAGCCCUCGCGAUCAUCUCAAUGAAAACCAAUUCUUGAGCCCUAAUUCACAAGCUUCAUCGUCUUCGGAUUCUCUCACUUGCCAUCUUUUCUUAAACUCUUCUACUACUCAUGAUCAUCAAGAUGGUACUUUCAAUCUAGAAUCACAUCCAUCACAAGAUAAGGAUGUUAAUUUCGGAUCACAAGCAUGCGACGAUCAUCAUGUAGAAAGCCAUGAUGAAAGAGGAAGAAGCAUUAAGACUAGUGGGCUUAAAUUUUCUUUGUGGAAGAAUGAAACUUAUGAUCAUCAUAUGAAUGAAGAAAAUCAAGUUAGGUGGAUGUCUUCGAAGAUGAGAGUAAUGCUUCGAAUGAAGAAAACCAACCCAAUGACGACGGAAAACACCUUGCAGCCAUCCAGCGGAGAACUGAAGCUUGAAGAUCAUAAAGAACCAACAUCAUUUCCAAUAAUGGGAGAAACCACAAACUCAAACUCAAUCAAUAAUAAUAGCACUUGCUACAACAUCCCCAUGAGGUCUUGUUCCGAUUGCAAUACCACGAAGACUCCUCUAUGGCGAAGUGGACCUCAAGGCCCUAAGUCACUCUGCAAUGCAUGUGGGAUCCGGCAACGGAAAGCACGUAAGGCAAUGGCUCUGGCGUCGGCGGCGGCAGAAGAAACAAAUAAUGUUUUCAGUGAUACACCAACAUCAUCAUCAUCACUAAAAGCUACUACAAAGAUUCUGCAUAAAGAUCACAAAAAAACAAACAACAUUGGGCAUGCUACAAAGUUCAAGAAAACACAAUACUCCAAGCAAAUAAACAAGACGAAACAAUUUCAAUCUUCGUCGUCUCCAGCAAGAAAACACUGUGUCGAAGACUUCUUAGUAAGCUUAAGAAAAAGCUUGGCAUUUCAUGGUGUGUUUCCACAUGACGAGAAGGAAGCUGCGAUCUUGUUGAUGGCACUCUCUUGUGGUUAUGCUUGUCGUUCAUAACAUCUCUUUUAAUUUAAAAGAAAAAACUUUUUCAUAAUCGGAAGCAAUUUUGUUUACAUUUAAUAUUAUUAAUUUCAUAAAAUAUAUUUUUCAAGUGAGCUAUAUAUAUAUAUAUAGCUAUAGCUAUUCAAAAGUGUAAUAGUUUUUUUGUUUAAUCAAGGUAAGAUAGGUUGUUUAAGUUAACUA